AGGUCAGCCAAGGCUGGUAUAUAAAGAGUGGCGAAAGCCCCUUGGACACAGUGUGAUUUGAGUGACCACAGAACUGCCAGGAUGAAGCUUCUGAUUGUCUUUGCAGCUUUGCUUUCAAUCUCCCACUGUUUUACCAAGAUGUACCUACAGAAAGGGAAAUCUAUCAGGGAGCGUCUAGAAGAAGAAGGAUUGCUGGAGGAAUUCCUGCAGGAAAACCCCAUCAUUCCCAUCAGUAAAUAUAGCGCCGUUCCCUCUAGCAGCAAUGAGCUGCUCAUCAACCACUUUGACUCAAUGUACUAUGGAAUAAUCACCAUUGGGACUCCACCUCAAAGCUUCAAGGUGCUCUUUGAUACAGGCUCCUCAAACCUCUGGCUCCCAUCCAUAAACUGCCAGAGCCCUGCCUGCACAAACCACGCCACCUUUGCUCCAAAUGCAUCCUCUACCUUCCAAGCAACCAACAGGGUGUUUUACAUUGUGUAUAGUUCAGGCAGCAUGCAUGGCACUCUAGGUUAUGACACUGUAAAGGUGGCUGACAUUGUAGUGCCUAAGCAGGAGUUCGGGCUGAGUGUAUCGGAACCCGGAAAUGCAUUUUAUUACGCCCCCUUCGAUGGGAUCGUUGGGUUGGCUUACCCUUCCAUUGCAUCAGGUAAAGCUACCCCCCUCUUUGACAACAUGAUGAGCCAACACCUGGUGUCCCAGGACCUCUUCUCCUUCUAUCUAAACAGAAUCCCCUCUACCGGCCCCCAGGCUGUACUGACCUUCGGUGGGAUUGACCCUUCCUAUUACACUGGAGCGAUCCAAUGGGUUCCCGUCACCAGCCAAAGCUACUGGCAGGUCAAUGUGGACAGUGUGAAGAUCAAUGGGCAAGUUGUUGCCUGUAGCUCUGUCUGCGAGGCUAUCUUGGAUACUGGAACCUCACUUAUGAUUGGCAGUAGUGAUGCGAUCAGCAGCAUUAUGAAAAUGGUCGGGCUUUCACUGCAAUCCAAUGGAAUGUAUGCUGCCAGCUGCGAUAACCUAGAUAAGAUGCCUGACGUGGUCUUCACAAUCAAUGGAUUGGACUUCCCUAUGCCUUCGUAUGCUUACACAAUGCCGGUCAGUGGUGGGUUAUGCAAAAGUGGCUUCGGUCAUACUGGUGAUUUCUGGAUCCUGGGAGAAGUUUUCAUGAGGGAAUACUAUUCUAUCUUUGAUAGAGGCAACAACCGAGUGGGGCUAGCCAAGGCAGUGGAGUUCGCUUAACCCGUCACCUCCUGGCUUAGGCAUAAGACAGGAUUCGCAAUCGAAAAGGAGACAUAAAUGACAAAUGUUUCAGUGUAGGAACACGCUUUGAAAUACUAACUAGGUGCAUUAAUUACUAUCUCGUUACACUUACCCAUGUCUUACAUUUACUAAAUCUACUUAGCAGGAUGUUCUGCAGUUUGAAGGAUGGUUGUGUUAUUGAAACACACAGAUUAACAUGCAUUAAAGAUGGCUUAUUUUCUGAUUCAUAGUGCUAGAUCUUUAUUGCUACUGCUUUUUUAGG